ACAGGAAGAGGUUGGUGUAAUUAGCGCCUCCCAUGUAGUACCAAACCAAGGUAAAAAGCAUUUAGGGUUUAACAGCGGUGUGCUGUACAGUAUAGGCAAAACUAUGGAAAUACGGAGCCAUACGUAUUAUCAUCAAGAUGACCACAAACUCAACGGCGUACGGCAUUUUUCUUUUACCAGCUUUUAUUUUGAAGGCAACGUACACCGGAACUGCUAUUGAAUGUGUCCGGGUUAUAAGCGAGACCUCUUCCCAGAGUAGCCUGCUAUACAUUAUCCUUAAAAAAAAAUAAAAACCUUUACAUUACAUUGUAUCAUGAUGCAGCUGUGCAGCGUGUGCAGCGAACAGACACCAAAAUACAGAUGUCCAUGCUGCAAAAUAAGAUAUUGUUCUGUUCCCUGCUACAAGAGGCAUAAAGACUCUUGUCUUCCUGUAAAGCAGCUUGAACCCACCACCCUUCCUGAAGCCAAGGAUGCUGGCAGGGCGGACACGUGGAGUGUGGAGGAUCUUCUGCAGGAAGACGACAUCCCUGAUAAAGUACCCCCAGAGAGGCUUCAGCUGUUGGGUCAGUCAGAAGAGCUGAAGGAUCUGCUUUGUAACCCCCACCUCAGACAUCUAUUACGGAGCAUUGACAGUGCAGACAGCAAAGAAGAGGCAAUGAAGGCGGCCAUGCAGGAGCCCCUAUUUGUGGAGUUUUCAGAUCAGUGUUUGAAGGUUGUACAAAACGAAGCUCACUCACAGGAGGUCAGUGAGGACAUGGACUGGUAAAGUUAUCACACUUUUUUGUGCAGUACAGAAAAUGUGCUUUCUAAAUUUUUUUUUUUUUUUUUUUUUUUACAAAGCAGCCAAUUAAACAACAUGAUUCAAUUUCUUGGAUAUUAUAUCUUCACACCCUCCCAACAGACAUUAAAGUCCUUCCAAUCAUGCACAUAUAUAUAUUAUAUAUUUGAGUAAAAACAUACUGCAGUGUAUUUCAAUGACAAAAGCUGAAUUGACAAAGCCUGUUCUGCCAUAACACUCGUGUAAAACAAUAUUUGCAUAUAUUCCACUGGUGUACAUCCUUUAAAGCAGCACAUCAACUAAACCAGAAUUCAUUCUUUCCCUGAUUCUCAUGCACAUUGCCGUAGGUGAGUUGUACUAUGUUGACAUCUACGUUUACUCUGUGUGUGUGUGUGUGUGUGUGUGUGUCAAUUAUCUAACACGCCCAUUAGUAAUACGUGUAGAUUUGAUCAGAGCCAUACAAUUCUCAGUCGAAGGCAGUAGUGAUGUCAUCUUAAACAUGACUCAUUCAUUCACAUCUGACACACACACACACACACACACACACACUGCAUGUACCGGUAAUUCUUAAAAUCUUACUUAUGGCAUUGCGCUACUAUUGAAACAUUUAAGUCGCCGUUUUUGAUAAGCGUUAGAAGUACGUUAUUAUGUAAGGAUACAGUUUUUCCAAGUCUUUUUGCCCUUUUUAAAUGAACAUUAUUACUGUGCACGCCACCGUGUGCUGAAAUAUAAAGUGACAACAUGAAGCAGAAAGAAAAGGUUCCCUCUGCUGCAAAAAGCAUUUUAGCGUAGUGUUCAACUUUAGAGCAGCGCAGGGAGACAUUUUAUAGGCCAUGACCCAAAGCUAAAGCUAAGCAUGUUUGUAAUUAUUUUUAUUUUAUUAGAUUUUUUAUUUUGUAAAGUGUAUACAUGUGUGUUUCUUCAAGACAAAGCGUUGUGUUAUUAGUUAUUCAGAUUUCAUGUUUUUCUUGUUACAUUAUGCUUUUUACUCCAUUUUUCCAAAUGUUGCCUUUUUUUUGUUUGGUUUAAUUUCUCCAACAUGCCUUGGGCCGCUCCUUGGACGCCCCUGCUUUUCUAGCUCUCGGUGAGGGUUUGAGUGCGUGACGUGAAUUCAGCGAGCAACCACAACUCUCGACUAUUUAGCCUGUUGGCUUUCUUCGGCGCAAGCGAGCGAUGGUAUUUCAAGGGAGAAGGGCAGCGUUAUUGCAGCUGGAACUAAUCUAUGUUUUUAUUGCAAAUGUUGAUCUGAAAUCGGAGGAGAAGGCGUUUACGGAGGUGAGCUGAAUGAGUUGUACACACGCAGGGAAUGCUCGACAAGCCGACUGAUCCCAGCAGGGUUAGAUUUUUUUUGGAUAUGCCCCCGCAGCCCUUGGUGGAAAAAGUGUGGACACCCCCGCUAUAGAGUCUUCUCCAGCAGGAUUUCAUUGAAGCCUGUCACGCCGUUCCCCAGCUCUGGUUGCCUGUCUGCGUAGAGAAGGGGCGAGCGCUGGCAGUGCAGCUUUACGGAUCCCUGACAUUUGUGCAAGAACACUUUCAGUUCCGAUGAAAGGAAACUGAACCCGGGUUGUGUGGAUGUGCCCUCACCUUUGGUUGAGCCCUAAUGGAGGCGACCCCCUGCAUGUUUUGGUUGGUCUCCACCUUGUAUUCUCCUCUCCUGGAGGGCAGUUUGAGAGCAGCCACCACAGACUUCAUCUUCUGGAAGCCCGUGGCUGUCAAGGACACGGAGAUGGACGGCGCAGACGCCAAAGCCAGCCCCACGGGCCAGCCUCGCACCGUGAUGAGUUCCUGGAUGGUUGAGAGCUGUACGGAGCCCAGCUCCCUAAUUACCGGGUUCCCUUCUGGCACACCUUCCGGCAUGAGGUCCUCCGCAUCGUCAAGCUCUGCCUCAGCCAAAGAUUUCAAGCGUGCCUGACGCAAGAAGGCAACAGUCAGUGUGCACAUCUCACCGUACUUUUUUCCUCCUCCAUAAUCUCACCCUCCACUUCCUCCAGGAUUUCUGAAUAAGUGCUGCUGCUCUGUCCCAUCUCUGGAUCCGCCUCCUGACGAGCCAAGAUCUCACCGCUGCAAGAAGCAUACAAGUAAAGUCCAAACGCAUGGCUGAAGAUGACCACAAUGUAUCCCACCAGAGAUCCUAGGGUUCCGCCAAUGCAGGGGGUCUCCAGCUUGACCUUGCAAUUGACAUUCAUGCUGCUACUGUCAUGGCUAUACCAACGGUGUCCAAAGUGCAGCCCCGCAGCACAUUUUAUUAGUUGGCCCACUGCACAUUUUAAAAACAAUUUAUCAAGACAACCAAAAGAAAAACAGCAAAAAUGGAAAAAUCCGCAGUCAUUUUUACAAGAAUAAAGUCAAAAUAUUAAGAAAAAAAGUUGCAUUCUAAUGAGAAAAAAGGCACAAUUUUACGAGCAUACGGUCGUAACAGCAUGAGGGAAAAUGUCAUUUCAGUAGCAUGGAGCUGAAAUAUGAAAGAAAAAAUGUAAUUUUUUAAAGUUGAAAUAUUAUGAAAAACAAACAAAACAAAACAAAGUUGUCAUUUUUGGAGAAAAUUAGGUGGGGGGAAAUGUUCUAUGAUGAUAGUCAGAAUAUUACCAGUAGAAAAAGGUAGUAAGAUUAUUUAAGAAAGUUGAAAUAUUUAGAAUAGAAAACAAAACAAAACAAAAAUGUGAAAACAGCAAAGAGCGAAGUUGAUACUAAAAAAUAGGCUUUUUCACCCAAUGAAAUAAGGAACAUCUUAGCGUACGAAAUAUCAAAGUGGUCCUUGCGUACGUUUGGACACUCUUGUUUGGCCAUACAGUCAGUGAUAGCUAAACUUUGCCAAAUUGCUAUCAUUGGCUGACAACAAACGUGCGUGUGUGUUAGGCCGGGCGUACUCAAAGCAGGAAGAGGGCGGGACAUAAUGCUUGCAGCACGUUAGAAUAUUGGCGCCCUCUAAGCAGCCGGGGAAGGCGUGCAUGCAGCGCCUUUUAGUGCAGAUAGGAUAUGCCAUUCUUCUAUUUCACUAAAUAUGAAUGAAUGAUGUUCAAAGAUGGCGCCCUCCGUGGCAGACGUCUCUGUGACACUCUCCCGUGUUUUUCUAUUUUUUUCUAUUUUAUUGUUCAUUUUGGACAUUCACACUCACGCAGUACAUUACAACAGAGAGACACUUUUGAACAUCGGCAGGGUUCACCAUGAACUUUCAUUUAGCCUCUCAGACUUUGCCUUUCUUCUGCGCCGGGAGAACGCAGCAGCCUGCGGACCUGGUGAGCUGAAUACCCAGCGAGCAAAGCAUCCGAGGCGUAAACGAGGCAAGCGAGCCGGCCUGCAUGCUAGGCUAAAAGCUAGAGCGACGAGGCCACCGCUACCAAGCCUGCUGCUAGCCACGUCCGCUCUCUUGAAAACAAGAUGGACGAACUACGAGCAAGGAUUACAGCUCAACGUGAGAUCAGGGAAUGCUGUGUCCUCACCUUCACAGAAACCUGGCUGACGGAGGAUAUACCGGAUUCGGCGAUCCAGUUGGAAUCAUUUGCUGCUUACCGGGGAGAUCGGACUUUAGCGUCUGGUAAACACAGAGGUGGCGGCGUCUGUGUCUACGUAAACAAACGGUGGUGCACAGACGUACAGACGAUGGAAAAGCACUGCUCGCAGGACAUUGAGCUGCUGAUGGUGAAAUGCAGACCUUUUUAUUUGCCUCGUGAGUUUAGCGCUGUGUAUUUAACUGCUGUUUACAUCCCACCACGAGCUAACACUGCUAAUGCACUAGGCCUCCUGCAUGACAUCAUUGAUAAACACGAGACCAAACACCCAGACCUGUAUUUAUUAUAUCUGGCGAUUUCAACCACUGUAACCUCAGGACUGUCCUCCCCAAAUAUUACCAGCAUGUGAGCUUUCCCACAAGGGAAAAUAACAUCCUGGACCAAGUCUACAGCAACAUGAAAGGUGCUUUGAAGGCUGUUCCAAGACCCCACUUUGGAAAGGCUGACCACAUCUCUAUAUUCCUUUAUCCAACAUACAGACAACUUCUUAAAAACGCUCCCCCUGUACGUACAGCAGUUAAAGUGUGGAAUGAAGAAACUGAUCAAGUACUUCAGGACUGCUUUGGCUGCACAAACUGGGAUGUGUUUAAAACUGCAGCGGGGAGGGAAGAUUGUACUGUUGAUUUGGAUGAAUAUGCUUCUGCUGUUACUGGCUACAUUAGCACAUGUAUAGAGACUGUUACUACCACCAAGUAUUACAGAAAAUACCCUAACCAAAAACAGUGGAUGAACUGUGAUGUAAGGGCUAAGCUACGUGCUCGUUCGACUGCAUUUGUCAUGGGCACCGCUGAUGACUACAAAAAGGCCAGAUAUGACCUGAGGAGGUCCAUACGGGAGGCCAAAAGACAGUACAGACAGAAGCUGGAGGGCUACUAUUCCACCUCAGACCCUCGGCGCAUGUGGGCGGGGCUCCAGCACAUCACAGACUAUCGACAGCAGAGUAGCGUAGCCACGUCCAGCCAAACCACACUUCCAGAGCUGAACGAGUUCUAUGCCCGCUUUGACACCCAAACUCCUGAUGAGCAGAGAGGGUGGCUGAACCUGGGGAGCACACAGGACUCACCUCUCAUGGUGACAUCAGCUGAUGUGCGCAGGGUUCUAAACAAAACAAACCCACGAAAAGCAGCAGGGCCAGACAACAUCUCAGGACGUGCACUUCGGGUUUGCUCAUCAGAGCUAGCUGAUGUGCUUGCUGACAUAUUUAACCUGUCGCUUGCACAAGCAUCUGUACCGACAUGCUUUAAGUCCACCACCAUAGUGCCCGUACCCAAGAAGAGCAACGUGACCUGCUUGAAUGACUAUCGCCCUAUAGCACUCACUCCUAUUGUUAUGAAGUGCUUUGAAAGAAUAGUCAUGACCCACAUCAAAAAGAGCAUCCCGGCGGCAACUGUGGACCCUCUACAGUUUGCAUAUCGCCAGAACCGGUCCACGGAUGAUGCAGUCAACACUGCCAUCCACACAGCCCUUUCUCACCUACAGGGCCAGGACACAUACGUCAGAAUGCUAUUUAUAGACUAUAGCUCUGCUUUUAAUACAGUCUGCCCCCACAAACUCACAAAUAAGCUCCUCACACUUGGCCUGUCACCCUCCCUCUGUAACUGGGUGUUUAACUUUCUCACAGGCAGACCCCAGUCAGUCAGAGUCCACAAUCGCACAUCCAGCUCAAGAAUUGUGAGCACUGGGACCCCACAGGGGUGUGUGCUGAGUCCGCUCCUCUACACGCUCUUCACCUACGAUUGCGUGGCCUCCCAGAACAACACCAGCAUCAUUAAAUUUGCGGAUGACACUACAGUCAUCGGACUGAUCACUGGUGGUGUUGAAACAUCAUACAGAAGAGAGGUGGCGGACCUCAUAGCUUGUUGUCGUGAUAACAAUCUCCUUCUCAAUACAGAUAAGACUAAAGAGAUGAUCAUCGACCCAAGAACAAGGGAAAAGGAGCCGCAUAGACCCCUGUUUAUUGAUGAGACUGAGGUGGAGAGGGUGAAAACCUUCAAGUUCCUUGGCACACACAUCAGCGAGGACCUCACCUGGUCUCACAACACCCAACAAAUUAUGAAGAAGUCCCAAAGGAGACUGUACUUCCUGAGAAGACUGAGGAAAUUUGGCAUGCCCACCACAAUCCUGAGUUGCUUCUACAGAUGCACUAUCGAAAGUGUCCUUACCGCCUCCAUCACUGUUUGGUACGGUAACUGUACAACACGUGAUAGGAAGGCACUCCAGCGGGUGAUCAAGACCUCACAGAACAUUGUUGGGGCAGCCCUCCCCUCACUGCAAGACAUUUAUAAAUCUAGAGUCCUACGCAGAACACACAACCUCAUCAAGGACAGCACACAUCCACAACACUCAUUAUUCACACUCCUACCGUCAGGCAGGCGCUACAGGAGUUUGAAGUCCAGGACCACAAGGCUGGCAAACAGCUUUUACCCACAGGCCAUCAGGCUCCUCAACGAAGCACUCGCACACGCCACACGCAACACACGCACACACUCAUAGCACUUUAUUUAUUUAUUUGUAUUAUUUACUUGUAUUAAUGUCUCUUCUGUUGUUGUUGCUUAAUUUAUUGGUAUAUAUGUUUAUGUGUUUAUGUUUCUUAUGUUCUUAUUCUUUCAUUUGUUUUCUUUCUUUUCUUGGGAGAAUGAACAGAAUAAGAUUUUCAUUGCAUGGUAUAACUGCUGUUUUACCAUGCACAUGACAAUAAAACUCUCUUAAAACUC